UCGUUUCGAUGGACCAAUUCGUGCCGCGUGUGUUGAUUGUGGGUGCCGGUGGAGCUGGCAUUGCCGCUGCCACUCGGCUGCUUGAGCGAGGAUUCAAAAAUCUGACGAUCCUGGAAGCGGAAAACCGCAUCGGUGGCCGGAUACAUUCGGUGCGGCGUGGUCAAAACGUGCUGGACUAUGGCGCUCAAUGGGUUCAUGGAAAGGACAAUAAUUUUAUCUACGAUAUGGCGUCUGAGUACGGGCUAGUUGAGAUUGAGCAACAUAAGGAGAAUGAUUUAUACUACAAAUCUAAUGGCGAACUUGUACCAAAGGCUGCAUCCGAUCAGGUGAUCGAUACCAUCUACACCUUGCUGGAGGAUGUAGCCUCUUUGCAAUCAUUCUCAGGAUCGCUAGGCGCCUACUACGACCAGGUAUUUUAUGACGCUGUUCGCGAGGGGAAGUUUGCCGGAAUCGAUCAGCGCACCUGUUACCAGCUGUAUCAGUUCUUUGUCAAGUAUCACAACACUUACAACGCAACAGACACACUGCACGAAGUGUCCGGAGCUGGUUUGCUGGAGUUUGAAGACAAUCAGGACGAGUUUUUGAUAAAUUGGAAAAAUCGUGGAUUUCACACGCUGCUCGAUUUGCUCAUGCGAAAACUUCCGGAGCAGAAGAAGAACGGCGCCCAACCUAUACCGAUAGAAGAGUACACAAAGUUCAAUCAUGUCGUUAGCUCAAUUAAAUGGAGCUUGGAAAAUCCCACUGAUCGGGUUCUUGUCACCUGCACGAACGGUGUCACCUUCGCUGCCACUCAUCUCAUACUCACCGUAUCGCUCGGUGUACUGCAGGACAUGCACACCGCAUGGUUCGAUCCACCACUGCCCGAUCCAAAGCGGAACGCCAUUGAAGGUCUCUACAUCGGUACGAUCGAUAAAAUGUUCCUGGAGUUUGAGCAACCCUUCUGGCCACAGGACAACAGCUGGCACGGAUUCGGUUUGCUGUGGGAACCGAACGAUCUCGAACAGUUGCGCCGCGAUGGCCGCCAAUGGUUGGAGAGCGUGUGUGCUUUCUUUGUGCCGGAUCGUACGGAAAAGCUGCUGGUGGCGUGGAUUUACGGCCGAGAUGCACGCACAAUGGAAGCCCUACCGGAGCAAGCGGUCAUCGAUGGGUUGAUGUAUUUGUUGCAUAAAUUCUUGCCUCAUUUCCCCGUGCCGAGCUCGCCUCGUUGGUUCUCGCGCAGCCGUUGGUACAGUAAUCCACACUUUCGGGGAUCGUACAGUAGUCGUUCGAUGAAAUCGGAUGCGAUGCGAGCAACGGCAGCCGAACUGGCGGAACCAUUGUUGGGAAGCGUCGGAUCGCAGAAUCGCCCAAUACCCGUGGUACAGUUUGCCGGUGAAGCAUCCCAUCCACAGUUCUACUCCACUGUUCAGGGUGCGGUUGCUAGUGGUUGGCGUGAAGCGGAUCGUUUAAUCGAUCUAUAUCGCACGAGUUCCAACAGCAAAGCGGCACCUUUAUUAGGGAAGCUUUAG